AUGGAAGCUUAUGCCUCGGCAGUGCUCAGACGCCGCUAUGACGUGAAGGUGUACGAAGAAUUCGUCAUCAAGGGCAACACGGCUGUCCUACGAUGCCACGUACCUGAGUUUGUCCGCGAAUACGUCACCGUCACCGCAUGGCUCAUAGACGAGACCGUCAAGAUCAGCGCGGGAUUCCACCGUGGUAAGUACAGCCUGUUCCCGACGGGGGAGCUGCACGUGAGAAGGGUGGAUGCCACCGACGCCAUGUCCCGCUACCAGUGCCAGACGCAGCACAGGCUCACGGGCGAGGUCGUCAGCAGCCCGUCGAGCAGAAAGAUCACUGUCAGAGAGUCGUUCGCCAUGUCUCCUCGGAUCAUAGACAGCCGGCGUCAAGUGCGAGCCGACCAGGGCCGCUCGGCGCAGAUGCCUUGCGCGGCACAGGGGAACCCGGUGCCCAGCUACCAGUGGUUUCGCAAGGUGCGGGGACAGGCGCUGCCCGUACUUCAAGGAGGCCGGUUUCUGCACCUCGACGGCACUCUUGUAAUCAACCAGGUGACAUUGACCGAUGCCGGAAUUUACACUUGCUUUGUCAACAACACUUCCGGUUCGGACACCACCGACACCGAACUUCAAGUUACCGCGCCCCUGUCGGUGACGGUGCUGCCACGUGGCCUGAAGGUGGACGUGGGCAAAUCGGCCACGUUCAACUGCUCGGUGAGUGGCUUCCCCGUGAACGGAGUCGAGUGGUACCGCAACCAAAGACCGCUGCUGCGCGGGGUCAGCCACGCUCCGUACAGCGUCACCAUUGUGCCGGUCCGCCGCGAAGACCGCGGCGUGUACCAGUGCUACGCGUUCAACGACCAGGCUUCGGCCCAGGGGGCCGCGGAGCUCACACUGGCCGAUGACCCGCCCACCCUGCGCGAGACUUUUUCGGAGCGCACCCUGUCGCCAGGACCAUCCAUAUCCCUCAAGUGCAUCGCAGCCGGACGACCGCUUCCCCAGGUGACGUGGUCGCUUGACGGACUGCCCGUUCCUGAAAACACACGCUUCCGCAUGGGUGACUACGUGACGAGCGAAGGUCACGUGGUCAGCUUCGUCAACAUCUCGGGCGUGCGGGCCGAAGACGGUGGUCUGUACCGGUGCAGCGCGGGCAAUGACGUGGGAGUCUCCGAGCAUGCAGCGAGACUCAACGUACACGGGCCCCCGUUCGUACGCCGCAUCGGCAACAUGUCUGUGGUCGCGGGGGAGGCGAUGCGCGUGACGUGCCCUGUCGGUGGCUACCCCAUCGAGGCCAUCACUUGGGACAGAGAGGGCCUCCGGCUGCCGUACAAUCACCGCCAGAAGACCUUCACUAACGGAACGCUGGUCGUGCAAGACGUUGAGCGGGCCACGGACGAAGGCCUCUACUCGUGCACAGCUCGAAACAGGGACGGCCUUACGGCGCACAACACCGUUUACAUCAAAGUGCUCGUUCGACCAGCCAUUGUACCCUUCUCUUUCCCGGAGUCCCUGCAUCAGGGCCAGAGGUACAACGUUUUGUGCACGGUGUCCAAAGGCGACGCGCCAGUCCACAUCACCUGGUACAAGGACGGCGUUCCCGUCUCCACUGCUGGCCUGGCAUCCGCGAGCGUGCUGAACGUGACGGAGUUCUCGUCGACUCUCAUCUUCGAAAAGCUACUACCAGAGCACCGAGGAAACUACAGCUGCGAGGCCCGCAACGAGGCAGGCGGGGUCACGGUCACCUCCACAAUGGUAAUUCACGUGCCACCUAUGUGGCGCAUCGAGCCGUCCGACACCAUGGUUGUUCGCGGUGGUACGGCCAUCAUUGACUGCCAGGCCGAUGGUUUUCCUGUGCCUCGUGUGAGGUGGACGAAAUCUGAAGGAGACGUUCCCGGUGACUACAGAUCCAUCAGCAGCAGCUCACGAAUCCACGUGUUCGAGAAUGGAUCUCUCGCCGUCCACAACGCAGACGAAAAAGACGCCGGCUUCUUUCUCUGUCAAGCUUCAAACGGAAUCUCACCGGUUCUCAGCAAAGUUGUAAAGCUCAGCGUUCACGUGGCUGCCCAUUUCAAAUCAAAAUUUAAGGCGGAAAGCGUUCAGAGAGGCCACAUCGCCAGGCUUCGCUGUGAAGCCUUCGGAGACAAGCCGGUGAUCAUCACCUGGUCAAGAGAUAAGCAGUCGUUCGACCCAAAGGAGGAUCCUAGAUAUGAACUGAACGAAACGGUGCACGGUGGAGGCAUUGUGUCCGAAAUAACGAUUCGUGGCGCAGACCGACGAGACUCGGCCCUUUUCACGUGCCUUGCCAGAAAUGCGUAUGGGUCCGACGAUACGAACAUGCAACUCAUCCUCCAAGAACCACCGGACAGCCCGCAAGAAGUGAAAUUUAGAGUAUGGAGUCGGCACGUGAAGCUUUCCUGGAUUACACCAUACAGUGGAAACAGUGCUGUCACGAAAUACAUAAUACAAUACAGGGAAGACACUGAAUCAUGGCAUCACAAGUCGUCGAACGUAACUGUGCCCGGUUCGGAAACGACAGCCGAGAUUCGAGGCCUACGUCCAGUCACACUUUACGUCUUCAGGAUUUUCGCCUUCAAUUCCUUGGGACACAGCGACGCCAGCACCGAGACGCACGUUCGAACGGAUGUCGAAGCACCUGGGGGGCCUCCACAGAAAGUUAGGGCUGAAGCAACAGGUUCACAGUCAAUCAAGGUUUGGUGGAAGCCUCCGAGAAAAGACCUCCAGUUUGGCCCGUUGAAAGGCUACUACGUGGGAUACAAGGUGAAGGACACGACGGAAACCUACGUGUACAAGACCCUCGAGCUCACUCCUGCAAACCUCCACGACGAGUGCCACAUCACGAACUUGAAAAGAAACACCGACUACAGCGUCGUGGUGCAAGCCUUCAACGCGAAAGGAGCCGGGCCGCCAUCGGAGGAGAUAUUCGUUAAGACGCUGAAGAAUGAUCCGCCAACCUCUCCAGCAGUCAAAGUUCAAUCGUCUACGUCAUCGUCAAUUAGCGUCUCUUGGAAAGCGUCUGACGCGAACGAUGUCAUGGGUUACGUGCUGCACGUGCGAAAAGACUUGGGCGAGUGGAACAAAAUCAAUGUGCCUCGAGACGCGGCCGAGUACACCGUAGACCAGCUCACAUGUGGUGCUUCAUAUCAACUCUACCUGUCCGCUUUCAAUUCGGUUGGCAACGGGGGACCAAGCAAUAUCAUUUCGGCUAAAACCAUUGGAGUUGCACCUGUGGCUCCAGACAAGCCAUCACUGAUCACUAUCAACUCUACAUCUAUUGCCAUUCACCUGGACUCGUGGCAUGAUGGCGGUUGUCCGUUCAUUGCUUUCGAAGUUCGCUUUAGGAGGCAGAAAGAUAAGGUGUGGAACGUCGUCGGACACAACAUCCCCCCUCAGCAAAGGCAAAUCCUUUUGAAUGACCUUAUCCCCGGAGUACCUUACUUGCUUCAAGUAAUAGCGAAAAACGAGGCAGGCAUAACCGAGGCCGAGUACGACUUUGUCACACUUCCUGCAGCACAAGCACCAGCCACUCCGUCGCUAGUGGUAGAGAACGAAGCCACGCCUUUCUACCUCGAGCUGGGAGUGAUUCUGCCAGCCUGCAUAUCCCUCAUUGUCGUCCUCGUCGUGGGAGUACUGGUGUACAUCGUGCUUCGAAAGCGAUACUCAUCGGACAGUUCGAAUAGCGGAAGUUCCGCGUACGGGUCGCGCAAGGGAACCCACCUCCAGGAGUGCCUCCACUUGUCCGAAGUGGACCCGAGCCUGGGCAAGAAGACGAUGUCCCUGGACGGCCGCCUGGACUACUACCCGACCCCCUACGCCACCACCCGCGUCAGCGACAUUGACGAGAGGAAAAUGUCCGAAUGCUCCUACAAGCAGGCUCAGGAGGAGCCUCUUUACGCCACCGUAAAGAGGACGCCUAGGCCUCCUAGGUCGGAUAUCCAUGUCUACAAUUACCCUGUGUUAAGUUCUUCAGCCGACGUGGGUGACAGGCGGGCAUUGUCUAGUCAUUGGAAAAUGGCGACAGCGGUGGUUAAGCUCGACGACGGUCCUGAAGGUUUAGAGGUUAACCACUCGCCGUCAAAGCGGUCCCAUAGAAUGUCCCAUAGGUGAAAUGAAAACUAGACCACGGACACAACGCUGUUCCUACUGCACCACAGAAGGCCAAAGGAAAAACAAAACGAUACAGAACACUAUUUUUCUCGACCAACGCCCAUUUUGCGCGCCAUGCUCAGAGACACUUUGUAAACGGCGUGUUCGGCGAAGGUCGUCACCGAAGGCAGGACGCGUGCUCACUGCGAACUCGUGCGCCUUUUUUCGGACUGAGCACGGGGAGCGAGUCUUGCUCGUGCCUCAUUGCGUUCUGACGCCUCGCGAUCCUCUCAUCGUCAUUAUCAUCGUCCACAAUAUCGAACAUCGAUGUGAAAGCAGCCUCCCCUUGCAUACAUAUCUAAUUGUGCAGUGUGAUAUAAAAACUCUUGUCAGCGCGAAAGCAAUGUUGAACGCGUUGAUCGUGCUUUCAUUUUACACGUUGCCAUGUUGUGCAUGUCAGGUUCCCAUCCGCUGUUGUUUUUUUUUCUUGAAAACUGCCAAAUGUGGUGUUUCAAAUGUUAAAUAGGCGUAACUGUCGCUAGACUUCAUGCAAACAUUGCUAAUUAUAUACGAGCCCAUCAGUUGAAAAACUGUAGAAGCCAAAUGCUUCGAUGUCACUAGGUGUGAAUACUCUAAGAUAAUACUGAUUCUAAAUGGCCCACCUUUACAGAAUUGUCACAAUAACAUUACGCCAGGAAUAACUCGAGCGAAAAUUCUAUCGACUUUUCUACGCGUUUAUAAGAGAUAAUUUUAGCACUCAGGUGGUUAAACUGAAGAGGGUGAUAAACUAUCCCUGUCGUUAGGUUUAGAAGCGCUGUGCGUGGGAUAGCACGUCACGUUUGUGUGCUGGUAACGGAAUUUGGGGGAUAAAACCGACCUAUAGUUUAGGAGACAGAUACAACCACUGAGAGAGCACACAUGUUCGGGACUUUUCAGAUAAACACGGUGGCUUGACCCUUCACUGAAAGGAGCAAUUGAGGCUCGUGCUGUCAUUGCCAGAACCUUAAUUAUUACCUCAUGGUAUCUACCUAAGAUCUCCUUUCUUGUUUUCAUCUGUGGCAGAGCCUACUGAAAACUGCCUUGCAACCUUUUAUUCAUCAUCAUCAUCAUCAAUUAGAUUUUUGACCGACCCAAAACACGGCAGCGAAUUUUUUCACCUUGAUGCAUAAGAGAGUAAAAAAAAUUAAACUGGUGUUACAGUUUGGUAAUGUAGUUUAUGUUGUUGCCGUGAUGAACAUGUG